AUGGCUGCGGUUGACAGCUUCUACCUCUUGUAUAGGGAAAUUGCCAGGUCUUGCAACUGCUAUAUGGAAGCACUGGCCUUGGUGGGAGCCUGGUACACAGCCAGAAAGAGCAUCACCGUCAUCUGUGACUUCUACAGCCUGAUCAGGCUGCACUUCAUCCCUCGCCUGGGGAGCAGGCCCGACCUCAUUAAGCAGUAUGGAAGAUGGGCUGUCGUCAGUGGGGCCACAGAUGGCAUUGGGAAGGCCUAUGCUGAGGAGUUAGCGUGCCAUGGACUCAACAUCAUCCUGAUCAGCCAGGAAGAAGAGAAGCUGCAGGCUGUGGCCAAGAACAUAGCUGACACCUACAGAGUGGAAACAGUCGUCAUGGUGGCAGACUUCAGCAGAGGCCGGGAGAUUUAUGCUCCAAUCCGAGAAGCCCUGAGAGACAGAGACAUUGGCAUCCUGGUGAAUGACGUGGGUGCAUUCUACCCCCACCCGCAGUAUUUCGCCCAGCUUCCUGAGGACACACUCUGGGACAUUGUGAAUGUGAACAUUGCGGCUGCAAGCUUGAUGGUCCACAUAGUGCUUCCGGGAAUGGUGGAGAGAAAGAAGGGUGCCAUCAUCACAGUGUCUUCCGGCUCCUGCUGCAAGCCCACACCACACCUGGCUGCCUUUUCUGCAUCCAAGGCCUACCUGGACCACUUCAGCCGAGCCCUGCAGUAUGAAUAUGCCUCUAAAGGAAUCUUCGUGCAGAGUCUGAUCCCUUUCUAUGUGGCCACCAGUGUGACUGCACCUGGCAGCUUCCUGCACAGAUGCCCAUGGCUGGCACCUUCACCGAGGGUCUAUGCACAGCAUGCCGUGUCGACCCUGGGCAUUUCGAAAAGGACCACAGGCUACUGGUCCCACUCUAUUCAGUUUCUUUUCGCACAGUAUAUGCCCGAGUGGCUCUGGGUUUGGGGAGCAAACCUUCUCAACCGCUCUCUACGGUAUGAGGACUUAUCCUGCCAAGCCUGAAUCCGGAAGCUCGGGAGACGCUUGGCCCAGCCACAGUAUCCUGCAGUAUUCCGGCAUUUGGAAAACACAUUUAGUUCACCUGCGUAUUGUCUCUUACUGAGUACCUAGUGUGUUGCCAUCUUUCACGAGGCCGACUUUCAGUCUGUGAGAAAACCUCAGGGACCACAUGGGUGGCCCAGGGCACACAGCCACGAAGCCUGAGAACAGAAUGGAAGGCUUCCCUAGCGCUUAGAAUGUGACUGGCCAGUUUCUUUAAGGGAAAUCACCUUUUACCCUCUUAUAGGUGAUUAUGUUUCAAAUGUUCAUCAUGCUGGGCGUGGUGGCUCAUGUCUUUUUAAUCCCAGCAAUCAGGAGGUAGAGACAAGUGGAUCUCUCUGAGUUUGUCUGGGCUUUAUAGGGAGUUUCUGGUCAGCCAAGGAUACAUAAUUAAAACCUGUCUCAAAUAAUAAUAAUGUUCAUCGGGAAGACAAUAGAAAAGUGUUAUUUCCUAACUGUGAACUGUGAGUGCAAGUAGACAUGUGUGUCACAUCAACAUAGCUCCACGUGAGGGCAUGUGUGUGCGCACUGCCUUUCCCUUCCGUCCCCCGAGAACCACGUGUGUGCCAUGUGCUAUGUGUGUCUGAGCAAUGUUACUGAUGCGACUUUGAUAGAGACUUUGUCAGGACAAGGUAAUGGGGAGCCUUACCAUAUAAAAAGCCCGGGUUACUCCUUUCCACAUGGUAAAAUCCUGCCCAACCCUGUCAUGGGCUCACUCUGUCGACGCUGCUUCCUUUGAGUAUUGCUGUCUUUCUACCCUGUGGGAAGGUUUCAUUCCUAGAUUGGGAUAUGUAAUGGGUUAUCUUUUGAUUUCUAAGUUAAUUGUUGUGGCUAAGUAGUGAUUCUCAGUACAUCCAUGUUGUAACUGACCCCUUCAGAGAUGCUUACAGCUGGUUUUCAUACACUUUUCUAUGUAAUCCAGUAUCAUCCCAGGAGCAUUGUUGAUAAAAAUCAAGUGUUUGUGGAAUAGUGGUUAAAAUAUGAGCAACUUUUGUGUGUGGUAUGAGGUAUUGUGGAAUUGAUGUUAGAAGCUCAUUUUUGGCCUGUGUAAUAGAGUGUGUACAUUAUAGCAAAUGCUUUUAUUGACGUGAAAAUAAUUUACACAAACUCCCACAAUAUGGGUGAGCAUUGAAACUUACUGUGUUUAGUUCAGUCUCAUAAAACCAAACACUUGUAAGGGUUUUGUAGCUGGCACUUGGGAAACCAUAAGUCAUGAUAUUGUGGAUGAUAGUAGGUGGUAGAGCGGAGGAAUGUGGCACUUAACGUUGUGGUGUUGAUGCCGUGAAAUGAAAAUGGGUGAAGUGCUAGGACUUGGUGGAAUUAUUUUAUGUGGCGGCAUUCCAUCACCUGUUGGCCCAAGUGCACUGUAAUGUUGAACACACAGUAUCACCUGCAGCAUUUCUAGCUGUGACUGGGAUCUGGAAGAUCAGUGGUUAGAUUCUGAAGUUCUUCCUGUCUUCAGUUAUGUCUUCAAAACAUGUCCAGAACUCCAUGCUUGGAGAUUGUGGCAGAAGAACAUGGUGGAGACUUCUGUGAGAACUUGGGUGAAUAUGUGAUAAGUAACAGCAACGCCACUUGAAACAUCAGGCAUGAUCCCAUGAGGGUGGGGGGCGCAGAGGCAGGAGACUCAGCAGUUCAAGGCCAUCAUGAGCCACGUAGUGAAACCAUGGUUCAGGAAACAAAAAUCACACCAGGAACACACUGUCAGUUCUGUCUGUGUACAGUCCUGUGGUCCAUUAUUCAGACUUGCCAGGCAAAGUGUGGAGUCCUUGCUGUGUGAUAAAAAGAGGGCCAUGUCAGUGAUGGCCCCUCAGCAGGACUCAGCUAGAACUUGAUUGUUGGUGCAGACUCAGAGUUGGUGAUCAUAGCUCCAGAAAAAGACCCAAAUCAGGCAUCCUUAGGCUUCCUAGCUUUCAUACUCAGUCCCUCUGCUGAGAGUUACUCCUCUCCUGUGGACAUGUUUUGUUUUGUUUUUACCAAGGAAGGAGGAGCCCUGAACUUGAGCCUUUGUAACUUAUUCUGUGAAUUGAAAUGUAACAAUAAAAGCAUCACUGUUUCCUUCAGAAGAUGUCACUGCCAGGAAAAGUGCCCCCCCCCAAAAUGAACAGAUGUUGACUUGUCAGCACCUAUGAUUGUCAUCGAUUAAACAACAGGUCACACACCAGUGUGCCUACUGCCUGCAGAGCACCCAAGGGAUCUUGCUGUUAUCCUCUGAUGGCUGAGUAGAAUCAGUCCUGAGAGCCCCAUGGACACCAAAAUCUGCUGAUGCUGAAGUUCCUUGAAUCAAAUGAAAGAGCGUUCACAUGUAACAGUACAAGUCCUUUGUCAUCUGAAGGCCUCUCAACAUUAUAACAUCCAACACUACAUAAACAACAUACUAUGGACUCAAUACGCCUUCCCAGUGGGAAGUCACUCCAGCACUUAGAGAUUAAUAAAGGAAACUCUUUAAUAAUA